CAUCAUCAUCAUCAUCAAAAUCGCGCAGAUGCUCGUGUGAACCACGCGACGCUCGAUCCAGCUCGGUUCCAGGGAUUUCUCCCAGUACUGCGUCCAAGCCUCGAGGCGGCCCAGCUACCUGGUGGAUGACACCGAUGCACCUGACUCGACGGCGAAGCUACAAGGAAAGCGCCUCCAACAUGGGACCAUGGAGGGACCGCCUACGAGAGUCCGGUGCGUUCCUGGUCGGCAGGUAUCCCAGUGUGUGCCCGUCGGUCAACCAGCUCGUCUCCAACCUUCGCUGCAUGCGGAACAUGAUGGGCCAUCGCCGGGUGGACCUCGCCAAGUCAUUCACGGCCAGCGCAGCCGACGGCUGCUUCCACCUUCCGGAGCUGUCCCUAUGGAACAACUCGAUGUGGGUCAUUAAGAUCGAACUACGCGAAGGACGGCUGGCCCUGGCCAGACGCGUGGUUUCUUUGGCUUCCAACAUGCAGCGCAGGCGCUCGUUCAUUCUGGUUCACUGGCCGCUGAUGCAGCACUACUCCAUCGAGUCCGUGGAGCUGCACGAGUCACGCAGACGACCAGAGCUGUUCGGGGGCGACCUCCAACUUAGCGGCAACCUGAGGCACGCUAGGCUCUGCCACUACCUGCUGCACUACCCGACCAGGGACCUCAUGAACGCACUUCGCUCCACAGUGACCACGCUCGACACGCUGGAGAGCGUGAGCGUGCGCUUCUCGAGCGUGGGCGUGAGCAUGCUGUGCAAUCUGCUCGACAGGUGCGACGCCAUGGGCACGCUCAUCUUCCGCGAGAACUGGAUCGACGUUCCCGAGGCUCAGGCUCUGACGCGAUGA